AUGGAGCCAGGCUGGCCUCAGAUAAAGCUGGAUCCCAGGUACACGGCAGAUCUUCUGGAGGUGCUGAAAACCAAUUACAGCAUUUCCUCUGCCUGCUUCUCUUACCCUCCCACUGCAGCCCAACUUCUGAGAGCACUGGGGCCUGUGGAAAUUUCCCUGACGGCCAUCAUGACCUUGCUUGCCCUGGGCUCCAUCGCCAUCUUCCUGGAGGACGCCGUCUACAUUUACAAGAAUACCCGCUGCCCCAUCAAGAGGAAGACUUUGCUCUGGAGCAGCUCUGCACCCACGAUAGUGCCUGUGUUCUGCUGCUUCGGUCUCUGGAUCCCUCGCGCCCUCACGCUCGUGGAAAUGGCCAUAACCGCGUUUUACGCGGUGUGCUUUUACCUGCUGAUGCAGGUCAUCGUGCAGGGCUUCGGCGGGAAGCAGGCGGUGCUGAGGACGCUGCAGGACACCCCGAUCAGGAUCCACACAGGCCCCUGCUGCUGCUGCUGCCCCUGCUGCCCGCGGCUCACCCUCACCAGGAAAAAGCUUCAGCUGCUGAUGUUUGGCCCCUUCCAGUAUGCCUUCUUCAAGAUAACACUGAGCCUGGCGGGCCUGUUUCUUGUCCCUGACGGCAUCUAUAACCCAGCAGACAUUUCCGAGGAGAGCACCGCUCUGUGGAUCAACACUUUCCUCGGCGUGUCCACCCUGUCAGCUCUGUGGGCCCUUGGCAUUCUCUUCCGUCAAGCCAGGCUGCACCUGGGCGAGCAGAACAUAGGAGCCAAAUUUGCUCUGUUCCAGAUGCUCCUUAUUCUGACUGCCCUGCAGCCUUCCAUCUUCUCAGUCUUGGCCAACGGCGGGCAGAUUGCUUGUUCGCCUCCCUACUCUUCUAAAAUCAGGUCUCAAGUGAUGAACUGCCACCUCCUCAUCCCGGAGAGUUUUCUGAUAACGGUGCUGACGCGAAUAUACUACCGAAGGAAAGACGACAAGGUUGGAUAUGAACCUUUCUCUUCUCCAGACCUGGAUUUGAACCUCCAAGCCUGAGGUGGACGAUGAGAGGGACACUGUACUCAUUAGAUAGGCACAAGAUUUCUUUACUGUUCCUCAAUCUUGACCAAAUGGGGAUGGAUUCCAUGGUCAGCACAAGCUGGCAAAUGACGUACCCUUGACUAGAGAUGAAUGUGAAGUAUGCAACAGUAUGAAAUUGUUUUGGAUCUUGCCUGAGGAAGAUAUCUUAAGUUCUAUAAUAAACAAACAGGAUGGAGUCUGAUGUCCUA